CAUCCCGCGAACCCCUCCUUCAUUUUCCAUAUACGUUGAGUCGCCAUACAAGCGCAUCUCUGAUCCACCCCCUACACCUUCACUUUCUCGUUGAUUUUUCUCUCUCCCCAAACACCUUCUACAAUGGCUGAUCAGCUCACCGACGACCAGAUCUCUGAGUUCAAGGAGGCCUUCAGUCUAUUCGACAAGGACGGGGAUGGUUGCAUAACAACGAAAGAGCUUGGGACUGUGAUGCGAUCACUUGGACAAAACCCAACUGAAGCAGAACUCCAGGAUAUGAUAAAUGAAGUUGAUGCUGAUGGGAAUGGUACCAUUGAUUUCCCUGAGUUCCUGAACCUAAUGGCUAGGAAGAUGAAGGACACUGACUCUGAGGAAGAGCUUAAGGAAGCUUUUAGGGUUUUUGAUAAGGACCAAAAUGGCUUCAUUUCUGCUGCUGAGCUCCGCCAUGUGAUGACAAACCUUGGUGAGAAGCUGACAGAUGAGGAGGUUGAUGAGAUGAUCCGAGAGGCUGAUGUGGAUGGUGAUGGCCAAAUCAACUAUGAGGAGUUUGUCAAAGUCAUGAUGGCCAACGGGGUGAAUGACAAAAUAAGAAUGAGGAGAAAACCCAAGAAACAGCGGAAAGCAGAUAGAACAAUCUUCUCUCCUAUUAGGUACAUAAUAAGAAAGACAAUGUAUAUACCCACUAAUCUUAGGUUUCAAACAAAGAAAAAUUGUUUUCAAAUUCUUCAUAAACAUCUGAUAUUGGGUUUCUCUCUCUCUCUCUCUCUCUCUCUCUCUUUUUUUCUUCUCUUGUAAAUUCAUUGAGUUCUUUUUACUGUCUUGCUUUGAAAAAUAAAACUAUUUAUAUUAUUAUUUUGAAAAACUUUGCAGGAGGAUUGAUCUUAUUGUGAUUCAAUUUUUGUGAUUUUUUUGGGGGUGAACUUUGUAACAUAGAUUCCAUUCUCUAAAUUUUAUGGAGAAUAUAAUCUUCGUGGGUGGAGAUUGGAAUUUUAUUCUACGAAUCUCCCUGUUUGGGAGAAGAACCAACCCACCACCAUAUGGAAUCCUCUUGCUUUAAAGACCAUCCUGUGCUAUCUGUGCUUUUUUUUUUUAGGAUUAAUUCAAAAUAUAAAUUUAGUACUGUUCUUUAUAUUUACUCGAUCUUGUCUUUUUUUAUUUUCCUUAAAUUUUAUGUUAAAUUAAUUUUUUUAUUUUUUUUUAAAAAUGUGAAUUAGUCCCUCUCUGUUCAUUUCUUACUAUCAAGAAAACCAUUAAGCUUUUAUUCUCUCAAGUUUCUUUGCCCCCCCCCCCCAAAAAAAAAGGAAACUUAAACCAUUAGAAGAAAAAAGUGUUGAGUAAAGAAAAUUAAAGGGAAAA